AUGUCCCGAGAGAUCCUUUGCAUUUCGAAAAACAUCAAAGAGAUCUAUGGUAGCUACCAGUACAAAGACAAGGCAAUCAAGGAUUUCGUCGGCGGCAAGUCCACUCUGCAAAAUGAACUGCUUGGCAGUGCUCAGGCUGAAUUCGGCUCGGCACCGGACAAGGCGGAGGAGGGGAAGCUGUCGGUGCAGCUCCCUUGUACCGAGAUGACUACCGUAACCCUCAAAGGUAAAAUUGCUUACGAGGAGGUCAACCGCCAAGAUGUUGAAGCCUUGGUUGACUACAUCUACUCCACCGAUAAAGACAAGGGGUUGGCCAUGGACCUCGAUUACAUCUUGCCCUUCGCAGCGAUUCCGGAGAACGGACGAGAAAUCAAUGGUUUAGAUGACCGAUCCGAACUUGCUCAUCGAGUGAUGCUGACCAACCUGCUUAGAUUGAUGGGCGAGGUCAAGAAGAAAAAGCAUGCUCUCAAACUCGUCACCCGCCCUACCCAAAUGGUCCUGCCGCUGUCCCCCAACCACGGUAACUUCGGUAACGACGGUCUCUACUCUGAAUCGAAUCUCGCUCGACACAUUGUUCAAUCGAUGGUCUUCUGA